AUGAAGAGAGAGAGGCGAGGUUGCUCAAGAGGUGUCCUCCUAGGCCAUGAGGGCACAAAGUUGAUCGACAUACCUGCGACAAUUCUUGAUGCAUCCAGUGCCAUCAUCGCAUGGUACCUCCAUGACGCCCUGACCGAUGCCACCCAGAAGGAAAUUUGGGCGGCCUCGGAUUUGCUCGCUCUGAUACUCGAAAAAAGCGUAAAGCUCGAUGGGAAUUGGCGUACUAAUCAAAAGUGGUUCACACCAAGGUCGCAAAAUGAUGUCCUAACUCCCGGAUGCAUUAAUUUAUCUCCGGCGUGGUUUCAGCAGGGGCACAAGAAUCAGGUAGACCCGGCGGUUUCUGCAUCAUUGAAUGGAGCAUCCUUGGAGGAUAUCCUGAAGGCCAUUGCGAGGCCAGCAGCCAUUGCAACAGCGGCACUCAGGGUUAUGCAUCCUGAGCAGUACUGGGCAGGGUUGCGAGCCUUUGCGAGCCUCGAAGAAAAAGCAUGA